UGAGCAUCGACCGUGAACGUUGACGAGGAAUAAUUGCAGCGCUGAAGAAUAAUCGAACACAGUUCACUUGAGCAAAGCUACUUAAUGAAAAUGUCGUCGCAGUCGAGGAAACAAAGCAACAUAGCUCAAAUAGCGUAAACAACAGCAACCAGGACGUAAAAUACUUAAAUAAUUUUCGGAUUUAGAGAAUUAAUUCUAUAGUAGCAACGGUGCAGGAAAUGCACUAGCAGUCAGCGUUGAAGAAUAAAGUAAAAUAUUUAAGCAGCACAAAAGUAGUUCAAAAACUAUAAAGGCAACACUCCAGCCAAAUUAAAUCGGUCCAUCACCAUUGCCUAUCAUUCGCCAACGGUAUCAUCAUCAGUACUACAGGCAGCCUCGUAUUGAGAGCAUAGCCAAAGUUAACCAGCAAACAAACAACUUACAAGCCAACGACGACGAAUUGACCAACUAACCGAACCAACGAAAACGCAUCGUCAGCACCAUAGUAGUCAUAGGCUACAAGCCCCCGCUUUACACUGCACUUGCUCUUCGCUCUUAUGCGAUACCAACCAACACACUGAUGCGGGCCAGUUCGUUCGAAUUGUUCGUAUUGAUUUAAGGCUGUUGGCAAAGUGAAAAUUACAAAUAAAAACCAAGCGAAUGUACAUGCGUACGUACACACAUACAUACAUACAUAUAUAUAUAUGUAUAAAGUUAUAAUUUUUAAUAUAAUGUUACAAUAAAUACAAAAACAAAAUUGAAUACCAAUGCAGUAGAAAAGUGCGCAUAACAAAUCCAAGUCGAGCCAACGUUAAAAAAAUUUGCUCUCGUGAAUUGAGAGUUAAAAGCAACAAUAACAAACAAGCAGUCAUCAGCUGUCCUCGAGACACAUUAUUGUAGUGAAGAGACGUAAUUCGGUACUAGAAAUAAAAAAUUUAACGACGCGACUUUCGCUGUCAUUCUGCUGAUAUUCAACGGAACCACUAAAUAAAUCAAAGCAACACAAAAUGCCGCCAAACGCGAAUGCGAACACUGAAGAACAGCUGCCGGAGGAGUCGACGCCCAGUCUGGAAGCGGCCGAUCAGAAAAUAGAGGAAACCACGCAGCGUGAGGUAUUCCGUGAGUUAGCGCAAAAACCAAAAGAACAGCAAGCGGAAAGUCAAAAAAUGUUCACAGAGGCAACCACUUUGACACCUAAAACCACAACAGAAGCCGAGGAGGAGCCCACCACAACAGCUGUGUCCACCAUCCAGAAAAUUGGGCAUGCCGGCGAAGUGGUCACUGAGGUGAUUGCCGAGAAGACCGGCCUGCCCACAUGGGGUGUAGUGGCCAUCAUCAUAUUGGUAUUCCUCGUCGUCUUUGGUAUACUCUUCUUUUGUGUACGCCGUUUCUUGAAGAAGCGACGAACCAAAGAUGGUAAGGGUAAGAAGGGUGUCGAUAUGAAAUCGGUACAAUUAUUAGGAUCGGCGUAUAAAGAGAAAGUUCAGCCUGAUAUGGAGGAACUCACCGAAAAUGCUGAAGAAGGUGAUGAGGAGGAUAAGCAAAGCGAGCAAAAAUUGGGAAGACUGAAUUUUAAGCUCGAAUAUGACUUCAACUCGAACAGUCUGGCGGUCACGGUUAUACAAGCUGAAGAAUUACCCGCUCUUGAUAUGGGCGGUACGUCGGAUCCCUAUGUUAAAGUUUAUCUGCUGCCCGAUAAGAAGAAGAAAUUCGAAACUAAAGUACAUCGCAAAACGUUGAAUCCCGUCUUCAAUGAAACUUUCACAUUUAAGAGUUUACCCUAUGCUGAUGCCAUGAACAAGACUCUCGUAUUUGCCAUUUUCGAUUUCGAUCGUUUCUCCAAACACGAUCAAAUCGGCGAAGUGAAGGUACCACUCUGCACUAUUGACUUGGCGCAAACUAUCGAGGAAUGGCGAGACUUGGUCAGCGUUGAAGGUGAAGGCGGACAGGAAAAGCUUGGCGACAUCUGCUUCUCACUGCGUUACGUACCAACUGCUGGCAAGCUAACCGUAGUCAUCUUAGAGGCAAAGAACUUGAAGAAGAUGGACGUCGGCGGAUUGUCUGAUCCAUAUGUGAAAAUUGCAAUCAUGCAAAAUGGAAAACGUUUGAAAAAGAAGAAGACAAGUAUCAAAAAAUGCACCCUCAACCCUUACUAUAAUGAGUCGUUCUCAUUUGAAGUACCAUUUGAACAAAUACAAAAAAUCUGUCUUGUCGUUACUGUUGUGGAUUACGAUCGUAUUGGUACAUCUGAGCCGAUUGGACGUUGCAUACUCGGCUGUAUGGCUACAGGCACCGAACUGCGGCACUGGUCUGAUAUGUUGGCCUCACCACGACGACCGAUUGCUCAAUGGCAUACACUAAAGGAUCCCGAGGAAACCGACGAGAUACUGAAGAAUAUGAAAUAAAGUGGAUAGAUAAAUCAUAUAACUAGUUAAUGAAUGCUAAGGAGCGGUGUAGAACGUCGUGACACGUGAAGAUCAAGUUGUUCAUCAAUACAAUGAAUUCAUGUAGUUAUCGCAAAAUAAACCAACUUACACACAUACUUACAUACUUAUUAUGUAGUUGCCCGUACCGCAAAUGAACACUAAAGCUGAUUUAGUGUAACAGAACAAAAAUCAUGCCGUCAACAACAACAACAACAAUAUAAAUACAUAUAUAAUCUGAAUAUAUACUACAAUGUACCAAACGACAACAACAACAACAACAACAUCAAUAACAACUGGCAAACGCUCAUCAUUAGUUCCACACAAAACAAAGUCUAUGGAGAAAAAAACGUCUUAUUCGAAUAACAAAAUAUACAAGUACAUACAUACUAUAUAUAUACAUACAUACAUAUACACAAAGUAAAAAAAAUUAUUUGUUCUCGCAGUAUAAACUAAAUAGGAUAUAUUCGUUAUAUUGAAUCAAAUGAAAAAAGAACAAGAAAGAGAAAAGAAAAACGUUUAUUUUAGGCCUCGACUUCGACCUCAAAUCCAACAAUCAAAUAUAACGCGAAAAAAACUACCUACCUAAAGAAAUUUUGAAAAAGAAAUAAGAAAUAAAGUAGUCCGUGUGAACCCAGCAUUAUUGGUGUGUAUGCUAAAAAUUAAAAAAACAAAAAACAGGAUCAGUUUUUCAAUGCAAGUUUAACUGUAAUUAAAAUGUAGUCCAGCGCAAUUGCAAAAAGGUAGAAAACAAACAGAUUUGCGCCUAAGCAACAACAAAAUGCAUUUUAUGCAGAUUUGAUUUGCUGUUUAUUAGCUCUUUUGCCGCAUAAUUACCCUUGGAUAAAUUUGAUUGACUAAUUUACCACAGUCGAAAAACAACUCUGUGCAUGACGUUUGUUUGCAUCUCAUUUCCUUAGCACUGCGUGAAAAUUGUUUCAUAGCGGGAAGAGCUGAUAAAAAAAAUAACAAUCCAAAAUCACAUAAAAAUUCCGGCACCAUUUCGCAAUACUAAUUUUUUUUUUCCUUGUUCACUCCUCUCGGGAGCAUAGGGCCUCGACAAGACUCAGUCUUGCGUUGGUUUCUUUAAUUUGUUUUUACCCUAAGUAGUGGGAAUGCCCCCACUUCGUUGCUUAGGAACAACGCCUUCUUACUGCUAGGAGCGCUAUGUGUGUUUCGCAUUUUUCUGGCAAAAGAAUCGCACAGAUGAUUGAGGACUUCGCUCAAUUUCAUGUGUCUGCGCUAUUAACACGAUCACUCGCUUCCUCUUGCUGGCGCGAUUGAUGCAAUGCCACUAACUUUGUUUGUUCUGCAGUCACAAUGCAAAUAAUGCACUGAUUAUUGUGCGGGAGUAAGGAUGGAAAGGAUAAGUUUUUGGGGUUAAGGAAUGAUUUUUUUUUUUUUCUUUAUUUAGAAACAGGGAAAGUAGGUAAAUUUGGAAAAGUGCGAGGACCGUGCUUUACGUGGGAUUCGAACCCAGAACCUCGGGGAUGGCAGGCUAGUGCACUACGCUAGACUACCGAGACCACGAUAACGCAGUACUAAUACAAGAAGGAAAUACACCCACUCUUUUAGAGUCGCACCUUUUUAAUAUAUACUUUUUCUCUUUGCCAAAUCAGCUGUUGCAUUAGCUUUCUUGCGAAGCUGUCAUAUGAUUGUACAGUGCGUCCAAAAAGCCUUCAGCCAUUCUGUUACUAAUCAAACAUACCUGCAUACCACUGCUGAUUGUUCUAAAAGUGCUCGUGCCCCCACAAGUAAUGGCAAAGUUGCGUAUAUUUCGGCCAUGACAAAAAAUCUUACAAUUUUUUACGAAAACCAGUCGUUAAUCGUGGGUGACAUAAAUCUCUCUUUGUGAGAGAACACCGCAAAAUGGAGUGGCACCUUGGGGUGAACGCCCUUCAAGAAGCAGUAGUUGUAAACUUUUUUGAAACUUAAGCCCAAAGAGAGCGUAGAGUGGUUUGCGCAUGUCUCUGCACCGAUACUCGGUUUCUCAGUGAAUUUGGCAGUAUCAGUUGUUGAGCGAACCUUAUUUUAAAGUUUUUUUUUUUAAUAUUUUUUUUUUCAUUUUUUAUUUACAAAGAACUCCAAUCUUUAUGUUAAUCAAACCAAACUUUUCAUUUUUGUUUACAAAACUUGGUUCUUUUUAGCACUUUUCUCUCAGUUCGCGCUCGUAGUUCUUCUAAUAUUACGUCACGCUAAAAUUGCACUCGAAUUGAAUUCGAUAAAAAUUCUAACAUUCUUGUUUAUUAAAUUAAAUUUACACAUCAAAAUUCUUUUCCAACAUUUUCGUUGAAUAUUAUCAGUAUAUAUUUUUUUGGGCAUAAGUCAAUAACAAAGCAGAGGCAGAAUUAUAUAAAAGUUGUUUAAUCAAAAAAUUUAUUUUGCAAUCGGGAUCGAACUGCAGUUAAUAGUCACGAUAGUGAUUAAUAGUAAUUUAUAAUUACACUGCUAAACCCGGUUUAACUGUGGUGAAUUUUUUAAGCUAAGUUUAAGACUGCAAAAGUGGGCAUUCUAACUUGCCUUGGCUGUGGUGAAUUUUUUUAGCUGGUUUUAAGCCUGUAAAAUUUGCCGUUCAAACUUAGUUUAACUGUGGUAAACCUCUUUAAACUGUGCUUAAGCCUGCAAAAGUGGGCUUUAUACUUAGUUUAACUUGGAUGAUUUUUUAAACUGAGUUGAAAGCUGCAAAAUUGAGUUUCAAACAUAGUUCAAUUGUGGUGAAUUUCUUAAACUGUGUUUAAGCCUGCAAAAUUGGGCGUUUUAACGUAGUUUAACGGGAAAGCAGAGUUAAACUUGCACUGAAAAAUUGGUAUUUAACCCUAGAAAGGUAGACCCCUUAAAAAUUCAAUUAUAAAUAAACCUUGUAUGUUUACGACUACUCACUUUUAUAUCUCAUAAAAAAAAUAAAAUAUAAUCUCUUUUAAAAUUCCAAUCAUUUUGUUUUAAUCAACUCAUUCAAAAAAAGUUCAGAAAAAUUCGCGAUUCUUAGUACAGUUAGCGCAAGUCUAGCACGAUGUUCAGAGCUUAGGUUAAAAUGAGCGCGUAAAAUUUACGCAUUUUACCAUUCUAGGGUUAAACAAGCACUGAAAAGUUGAUCCUAACUAAAGCCAGUCGGCUUUCAGCCGCGUCGAGUCGAGUCAGUUUAAACACAAAACAAAAAUUAAAAACAAAAAAAAAACACAAAGAAACUACUAUCAGACAAAUGUUUGAGAACUUACGAAAAUGCAUAUGUAUUUAUAUGUAAAAACCAAAAACCAAAACCAAAACAAAAAACUCAGUAACUGUUGACUUCCUGUUAAAAUGUUUAUAUAAAAGUAUAUGCAUUGAAUAAAGACGUAUUGUAUUGUAUUGUAUUGUAUCUAUUGUGACCAUAUUGUACUAUAUAUUGAGAGAUGCCUCAAUUUUAUGCUCUUUCCAAAGUUGUUUGUUUUCUGCUUUCAGCUCGAUUUUUUAGAGAGAAGAAAACUUCGUUUUAAGUUUCAUUGAUAAUUUGUAAUUAAAGUUUAUGAUGUUCCAACUGUUAUAAUUGAAGAAAAGGAAAAGCGAAAAAAUACUUAAAAAUCCAAACCAAAAAAUAAUAAAAAAAAAAAAACAUUUAUAAGUGCAAACAAUAAAUAAAAGAAUUUCAAUUUCUUACUAAAGUUUGCAAUCUUUUGUCUCAAUUCCAAUGGUAAUGAUGUAAAUUGUAUUUAAAUUUUAAUUAUAUAAUGAAAUUGUUAUAAAAUAUAUUAAGCAAGUGAAUGAUUAAAGUUUCAACAAAAAAAAACAAAACACAAAUCAUCUGAAAUACUAACAAACUAUUUAAGUAGCAAAAAGUAAAAAUAAAAAUCAUGUAUGAGAAAUUAAAUUAAUAAUGAAUUAAUUUGCCUGAAAACGAAUGCUACAAUAAUUGACAUCUCUCAUUGGAAAACAUAACAUCUAGCAAAAUUAAAAAAAAAAAAUUAAAUAAUUGGGCUAUCUGGUGAUUUCAAUUUUUUUUUUCAAACUUCUUUUCAACUCUUCUUGAUUAAAUAUAUAUUUGUAGUUAUUUUGAAUUAAUGAUUGGUCAAAAGUACUCUAGAAUGUUGACGCCGUUACCCCUGCAAGAAUUGAAUAAUUUCAUAAUGAUAACUUGAAAGCUUUAUUUAUUUUAUUUAUUAUACUUCAGUUUAACGAGACCAUUUUGAGUUAUUCAAUAAUUAAAUAACAAAAUAUGUAGUUGCAAAGGGAUUUAUUGGACUAACCUACCUUUUAGGAAAUUAAAAAAAGGGACUCAGAAUUACAUCGCUGUUAAAUUUUGAAACAUGAGUGCUCAAUUUGUUAUU